GUGAGGUGGUUGCGACCAACUUGUCUGUUUGAGUGAAUUCAUGCUGUCGAUGAGACGAAGGCGAUGGACUGGGGCACCUGCUGAGCUUGGGUGGUGGUACAAGUGGGACCGCUAGGAAGCGAGCUAACGACACGGUGCCUUCGCGCCUGGUGCCACCCUCCGUCUCCUACAACACGAGAUCUGAGAAUACGCGCCACUCCCCCAUAGGUCAGGCAUUCAAGUGUGUUUCGCACUCUUACCUGUCCAACAGAUCUUCGCACGUGCACAACGACUCAUGGAAAUUCCAAGAACCAUUUCCGGUCCUAUCGACCCCGGAAUCACAUCGUUUCUGGAUCUCCCUGCAGAACUUCGCGGGCUGAUAUACGAUCUUUUGUUCAAACGCGAUGCAUCCGUAUUUCUCCAUAAUCGCGACGCGUAUUACGCUGAACUUCCCCUUAACCAUCAUGAAUCUACGACGAGGUGGUCAGACUAUGCCCGAGAAUUUUCCCUUGACCAGGGCGACCCGAUGGUAUUAUCAAGGAAGAAUUAUCAGCUGCUUAUCGAACAGGAAAGGUGGGAGUUCGAGCGUUCGGCAGAUUUUCAGCAUCGGUUUGGAGACGGCAUCAAGCUUCUGGCAUCAUGCCGCCAGAUCUAUCAUGAGGCUUCUGGGAUUCUGUACGGAGAGAACUCUUUCACGUUCUCACGUAUGAUUACGAGGCAUGAUCUGUUCAGACGAGACAAGUGGCAUUCUCUCGAGCGACAAAAAGCCUAUCAUCAAGCUCACUACGCGCCGAUGUGGGUUGCCAAUAUUGGCCACAAUUACAGGUUUCUCCAUGAUGUCAGGAUUGAUUUCGACGCCGUCUGCACCUAUGAAGGAUGUCCGAAGAACUCAGAUAGGACAACUAUCGAUCUGCUUCCGAUAUUGAAGAUCAAGUGGGACAUGCCUGUCUGUAAUAUCGCAUUCGUUCACACGGAGCGUUACGUCCGAGGCGAGUAUUUUGAAGAUACACCAUGGGCUCCGACCGAUCAUCAUGAAGAGCCUCCACGGAAUUGGGUUGUAUCCCUGAACAACCUACUGAAGACGCUUGGUGAAGAGGACGCGCUUAUGAUUCGUCGACACCGCAAAUACUUCCGUAAUUUGGAGUCUCUCCAGCUCGAUGUCUUGCUUCCUCACCUUAGCUUUGCAGAGUUCGCAGGCGUUAGUCCCGUAAGCAAUUUCAUCAGCCCGAACUAUCCACACGGGAGUACCCCCAGCGGAGCUAUAAAUUUCUCCGUCUCCGAAUUUGGCACGAUGGCAAAAUGGAUCCCCGAGCCUCCUAUAGACGACGAAUUUGGCCUGUUCAGAUUACCCCACAACGUACGGCUUCAUAUUCGGCAUCAUUUGGAACGAGAUGUAGAAGAAUCUGCGAUCAAUACCGGCCUUCGACCUGUGGUUCAUAUCAACUUGGAGCUCAACAACGUGUGCAAGGCUCUUCCAGUUGCCCGGUAUGAUCAGUACAGAGAAUACGAAGCGAGUCAUCAAAGCGUACACCUCAAGAUUUCUGGAUUUUACCUCCCUGGUCGCAUCAUGAGCUACAGGUAUCAGGUGAGAAUUCUGUGCGAAGUUACAGACUUCAUCUUUAAUAAGGGUGAUGACAACAUCGCCGCUCGAAAGUUCGCAAGGCGUUGGCUGAGAAAUGGCGGGGAAACCACUUUAGUGCUCCGUGUCAAGGACAACCCACACAUCGGUGCGCAUGUGGAUCUGCGAUCUCUUGAACAGUUGCUCGAUCACGAAACCCUAAAUCCUUUAAGCACCGCCAUAACCUUCUCUAAUGAACGCAUAGUUUCAGGACGAAGCGUUCCUAUUUCGACAGCAACAAUAUCGAUUCUCCGCCUGCGGCAGCACUUGUUUAUCUACCUGAGCCACCUCCUAGCCACUUAUCCACUCGACGUAAAACCACUUAUGCCUCCCGUACUGGUGGACCACGAGUGGAAUAUAAUCGAUAAAGACGACCAACCACUAUCGCCGCCGCGUACCCAAGACGAUUGGAACACCUUUGUGACGGACCCAACUUCUGCUUACAACAUCAUAAAGAACAACAAGAAUAUCAGACGUCAAUACGAUGGUCUGACAGCGCACAUGGAGUACUACUGGUUUUUCUUGGAGCAUCUACUCAUCAAAAAGGUCGAGGAAAACGAUCACGGACCACAGUCGCAGUAGAGAGCAUCAUGCGGUGCAUACAACCCGUCUCGCCGUUCUCGGGGCAAGCUGCAGCGCGGAAUCGGUACGUUAUGUUGACAACAAAAAAUGUCAAUACUAUCUAGUAUCCAAUCUUCCAGCAUCCAAGUCACUGGGUGGAGUAUUCUGCAAGCUUGCAGCCGCCACGAAUACAUCCACCUUAAUUAACAUGGAUCCAUACAUCUCUUUGAAACUGUCUAACGCCCUCCGUUACC